GAGCAGUUAAGGAAGCGGCAUGACUACGGAUCGACAGGGCAAUGAUGGUCCCUUCGUUUUUAGGCUCAAUGAUAAUGGCAUUGGUCCGAACUUACUUGUUCAGGUUUGCACGGAGCGAGGUUGGCGAGAGUACUCUGGAGAUAAUAAUUCCUUCAAAGAUCGCUGGAAUUUAUGGUGGAAAUCUGGUGGGUUUCCACAAAAUCAUUACAAAUCUUUGUUACCGUGGCAGUUCAUUAAUCGCAUACCCAAAGGAAAUUCUAUCUGCAGAAAAGACAGUCUCGUAAGACUUUUGAAAUGUAUGAAAAAAGUUCAUGGUAAUAUUUAUGAUUUCAGUCCUCUAGCUUUCAAUCUCCCAUCGGAGUACACGAGGCUGGCCGCAAACUGCAGUCGCUUCGAACGGGAUGAAAGAAUAUGGAUUUGUAAACCAGUUGGACAAAGUCAAGGGAAAGGCAUAUUUUUAUUUCGAAAACUGAGCGACUUGACCUACGAUAGUUUUGCCGUGGUGCAAAAGUACAUCGAAAAUCCCUUGUUAAUCGGUGGCUACAAAUUCGAUCUCAGACUGUACGUAUGCGUACCAUCUUAUCGACCAUUGGCCAUUUAUCUUUACAAAGAUGGAAUCGCAAGAUUUGCGACGGAAAAAUUUUCCCUCGAAGCUAUCGAUGAUCCUUUUCGGCACCUCACAAAUUUUUCACUCAAUAAACUGGGACCAGGUUAUUAUGAAAAAAAAGAGCGAGUCGGUGCCGGCUGCAAAUGGACGUUCCGGCGACUCCGACGUUAUCUCGGCCAAUCAGGCUACUUGGAUUGGUUUUUGUGGCAAAAGAUUGCCUGCAUAGUCACCUUAACUGUUCUCAGUCAAGCAACUGGAAUUCCAAAGUCACCGAAUUGCUUCGAAUUUUUCGGAUUUGAUAUAUUGAUCGAUGAAAACUUGAAGCCUUGGCUUCUUGAGGUGAACGUGAGCCCAGCAUUGGGUAACGAUUGCGAAGUUGACUGCGAAGUGAAAAAACCGCUACUGCACGAUUUAUUUGACUUGUUAGGAUUACCAGUUUGCAACACUGGUUUAUCGCUUUUCACAAUAUGGGCAGCUAAUACCAUCGGCGAUGAUGACGAUGAAUCCGAGAGCGAUAAAAUUUAUCAGCAAAAUAAAUUUUUGAAAAAAAAGUAUAAAACUUCUCGAGAUCCAAUAAGAAUAAUUAACUACUGUCAAGAUAACCGAACUAUGCAGAACUCAGAUACUUACCCUGAAAUAUCGAGGUAUAAUCAAUUCUUUGAAGAAAAAAAUCCGCCACGACGUGGAAGUUUGAAGCCUCAAAAUAAUAAAGACGAACCACCGAUUUGCAUGUGGGAGCAUGGACGCGACUGGGCUAACCCGAGUAAAAAAGAGGGCUCAUGGAUUCGAGUGUGUCCAAUCUUAUCACAAACUUCGGGAUCGGCGAGCGUCAACUCAAGAUUUUCCGAAUUUCCCAAGAUAGUUGAAAAAGAAGUGAAAAAUUAUAUUCUGUGUAUUCAAAAAUAUUUGAAAACUGCCAAAGAUGUACACCGAAAAUAUGGUGCAGAGGGCGAUGAAAAAUGUAAUGAAAUGUUACGCGCUGUUCUUGAUUUGGAAACCGAAAUUUGGCUUCCCCAUAAGUGAUUAUUUCGUUAGAUAAAAUAGGCUU